AAUGCGAAUGUUGGAGAAUGUGACUGGCUUGAGUUGGAGGGGCCUCUUCCACACGUGUGCUUUAAAGUGGCAAUAGCUUAAAGAAGACAGGUGUGGCUCGGCAGCCCCCCAAAUGUGGUGGUCAGACGAAGGCAGCCAGGAAGCUGCGCCUGGAGCCUAAAUUGACCCGGAGCUGUGAUAAAAAUGCCCUCGCUGCACGACGCUGUAGAGGUCACUGCCUUGGUGUCCCGGGAGACCGGGUCCUGGGGUGGGCCAAUAGAUACUGGUUUAUAGGACUCGAGACGAGACCCAGGCGGCGGAGCCGAGCCAGCAGGCGCGAGCGGGGAGGCGGCCUGGUCGCCGCGCUCACGCCAGGGUCCCGCGUUUGCCAACCUGGCGCCGGGCACGGGCGUGGGACUGAGUUCCAGCUGCUUUGUGCGAGCCCCGGGGGUGUGCGGCAGAGGCGAGCCGGCCCCGAGGUCAUCGCGGAACAGCACCGAGCAACCCCCUGCGGAGGAUCCGGAUCCCGUCCCGCCCCUGGAGGCCAGCAGCGCUGGGAGCGCGUCCGCCGGGCUGGGAAGCCAGCGGCCCUCGCUUGCACGGCGGCUCCGGCCCGGUGCAGGCAUGGAUGGGAAGAAAUGCAGCAUCUGGAUGUUUCUACCUCUUGUAUUCACUUUGUUCACUUCGGCUGGACUGUGGAUAGUAUACUUCAUAGCUGUGGAAGAUGACAAAAUUUUGCCAUUAAAUUCAGCUGAAAGGAAACCUGGUGUGAAGCGUGCACCUUAUAUAAGCAUUGCAGGUGACGAUCCUCCUGCCAGCUGUGUGUUCAGUCAGGUCAUGAACAUGGCAGCAUUCCUAGCCCUGGUGGUAGCUGUUCUGCGCUUCAUACAACUGAAACCAAAGGUUUUAAACCCAUGGCUGAAUAUUAGUGGAUUGGUGGCACUGUGUCUGGCUUCCUUUGGAAUGACCUUACUCGGUAAUUUUCAGCUCGUGAAUGAUGAAGAAAUCCACAACGUGGGAACAUCCUUGACCUUUGGAUUUGGCACAUUGACCUGCUGGAUCCAGGCUGCCCUAACACUCAAAGUCAACAUCAAGAAUGAAGGACGGAAAGUUGGAAUCUCACGGGUGAUUCUGUCUGCGUCCAUCACUCUCUGUGUCGUCCUCUACUUCAUCCUCAUGGCCCAGGACAUCCACAUGUAUGCAGCCCGGGUGCAGUGGGGCCUGGUCAUGUGCUUCCUGUCAUACUUCGGUACCUUCGCCGUGGAGUUCCGCCACUACCGCUACGAGAUCGUGUGUUCUGAGUACCAGGAGAACUUCCUGAGCUUCUCCGAAAGUCUGUCCGAAGCCUCCGAGUAUCAGACCGACCAGGUGUAG